GUCGUCCUUUCUUGCGCAUGCGCAGAUACGGUAUUUCCGGAAACGACAUGUAAUAUAAAUAGGCUCGUGUGUCGCUCGAGCGUCGGUAGAAUAUACGAAACCAAUGAUUCCCAUAUGUCCAGUGGUCUCCUUCACCUAUGUGCCCAGCCGGCUUGGUGAAGAUGCCAAAAUGGCUACCGGCAAUUACUUUGGAUUUACCCAUGGCGCUGCCGCUCAGUACAGCCAGCAGCCAGCAGCCGGGGUAGCAUACACACAUCCGACUACUGUGGCCAGUUACACAGUUCAUCAAGCACCAGUGGCGGCACACACUGUGGCAGCAGCCUAUGCCCCCACUGCAGCCACAGUAGCUGUAGCUAGGCCUGCGCCAGUCGCUGUGGCAGCUGCCACGGCUGCGGCUUAUGGAGGAUACCAGCCAACCCAUGCUGCCACUGACUAUGGCUACCCUCAGCGUCAGCCUGAAGUCCCUCCGCCACCACCACCGGUCACCUCACAGAACUAUCAGGACUCUUAUUCCUACGUCCGGUCUACAGCUCCAGCAGUAGCUUAUGACAGUAAGCAAUACUACCAACAGCCCACUGCUACUGCCGCCGUUGCUGCUGCACAGCCACAACCCAAUGUGGCAGAUUCGUACUACCAGACAGCCCCCAAAUCAGGAUAUACCCAGGGGGUAACAUCAUACACCCAGAGCCAGCAGACUCGUCAGGUGACUGUGAUAAAGCCAGCUGCUCCUAGUCCAGCCUCAUCUACUUUCUCCAUCUACCCAGUGACCUCUACUGUUCAGCCAGUGGCAGCUGCAGCCUCUGUAGUCCCUUCUUAUUCCCAAAGCCCAACGUACAGCACAAAUGCUGUCACCUACUCUGGAACCUCAUACUCUGGUUAUGAAGCAGCAGUUUACUCAGCAGCUUCCAGCUACUACCAGCAGCAGCAACAGCAGCAGCAGAAACAGGCAGUAGCAGCUGUUGCAGCAACAGCAGCAUGGACAGGGAACACUUUCACCAAAAAGCCCCCCUUUCAGAGUAAGCAGCUGCGACCAAAGCAGCCGCCCAAACCCCCUCAGAUCCACUAUUGUGAUGUCUGUAAGAUCAGCUGUGCCGGCCCACAGACUUACAAAGAGCAUCUUGAAGGCCAGAAGCAUAAGAAGAAGGAAGCAGCACUGAAGGUAUCCCAGAGCAGCAGCUGCAGCGGUAGUGGUGGAGGGGUAUUAGCCCGCAAUGCUCAAAACCAGCUCCGUUGUGAACUUUGUGAUGUUUCAUGCACUGGCGCCGAUGCCUACGCUGCCCAUAUUCGUGGAGCAAAGCACCAGAAGGUUGUGAAGCUUCAUACAAAGCUUGGUAAGCCUAUUCCCUCUACUGAGCCUAGUAUGGUCACUCAGACAUCAUCCUCCACAACAGCUGCCCUCACUAAGACCACCACAGCUACCUUGAGCAGUUCCAGCACCACCAGCUCUCUGUGUGUAGCUGCAGCCUCCUCCUCUGCCACCAGCUCCAGCCCACCCUACCUUAAACCUGUCACCAUGGUCAGCAGUGGUGUGGCAGGUGUCAAGAACCCGUUAGCCAACAGCCUCUGUGUUGCUAACUCUGCCUCUGUUGGGAAGAAAGUCAACACCCCCAAGAUCAAUUUUGUUGGUGGAAAUAAAUUGCAGACAACGGUUAAGGCGGAAGAGGCCAGAUCAGAGGUCAAAGUGGAGGUUUCUAAGCCUGCAACGCCCUCUUCAGGUUCUCAUGACUCCAAGACUGAAGUUCCAGACACUCUGUCUGCAUCAACUCUGGCUGCACUGCAGAAUGACGUCCAGCCAGUCGGUCAUGACUAUGUUGAAGAAGUCCGAAAUGAUGAAGGCAAAGUCAUCCGCUUUCAUUGCAAGCUUUGUGAAUGUAGUUUCAAUGAUCCAAAUGCAAAAGAAAUGCAUCUGAAAGGUCGUAGGCAUCGUCUGCAGUACAAGAAGAAGGUGAACCCAGAUCUGCAGGUAGAAGUCAAGCCAAGUAUUCGAGCCAGAAAGAUUCAGGAAGAGAAAAUGAGAAAGCAGAUGCAGAAAGAGGAGUAUUGGAGAAGAAGGGAGGAGGAGGAGCGCUGGAGAAUGGAAAUGAGGCGAUAUGAAGAAGACAUGUACUGGAGACGCAUGGAGGAGGAGCAGCACCACUGGGAUGAGCGACGUCGUAUGCCAGAUGGAGGAUAUCCACAAGGGCCUCCUGGUCUCCUGGGAGUCCGGCCUGGCAUGCCAGGUCUGCAGCCACAGGGUCCCGUGCCACCACGUCGACCUGAUUCUUCAGAUGACCGCUAUGUCAUGACCAAGCAUGCAACCAUCUACCCUUCAGAAGAUGAGCUCCAGUCUAUCCAGAAAAUUGUGUCAAUCACAGAACGUGCCCUGAAACUGGUCUCUGACAUAAUUACAGGCCAGGACAAAAGCAAGGAUGAAGACAAAGAGAAGAAAGAACCAUCUAAAGACAGAGCCCUGAAGGGAGUGAUGCGGGUUGGAGUCUUGGCCAAAGGCUUGCUUCUUCGUGGGGACAAGAAUGUCAACCUAGUCCUGCUCUGCUCUGAGAGGCCCACAACGGGCCUCCUCACCUGCAUUGUGGAGCACCUCCCCAAGCAGCUAACAAUGGUAACACCUGAAAAAUAUGAAGUCAAAGGAUCUGUCCAAGAAGCAGCCAUCAUUCUGACAUCCUGUACUGAGCCGAAGAUGCAAGUGACGAUCACACUGACUUCACCUGUCAUCAGAGAGGAAAAUGGCAGGGAUGGAGAUGUAACCUCGGGUAUGGUGAAAGACCCAGCGGACGUCUUGGACAGGCAAAAAUGCCUUGACGCUCUGGCUGCUCUGCGCCACGCUAAGUGGUUCCAGGCUAGAGCCAAUGGUCUUCAAUCCUGUGUGAUCAUCAUCCGAAUCCUGAGAGACCUCUGUCAGCGAGUUCCUACAUGGUCGCCUUUCCCUGGAUGGGCCAUGGAACUACUAGUUGAGAAGGCCAUCAGUAGUGCUUCUGCCCCGCUUAGCCCUGGUGAUGCAUUGAGACGUGUUUUUGAAUGUAUUUCUUCUGGAAUCUUACUCCCAGGUGGUCCGGGAUUGGUUGACCCUUGUGAAAAAAAGCCUGUGGAUACCCUCACACCCAUGGGAGAGCAACAGAGAGAGGACAUUACCUCAAGUGCCCAAUUUGCUCUCAGGCUACUGGCAUUCCGUCAGAUCCAUAAAGUUUUGGGUAUGGACCCUCUGCCACAGAUGAACCCUCGCUUCAACAUUCGCAACAGUCGUAAACGUCGUCGUGACAACAGUGAUGGGACCGACAGCUUUGAGGGUGAAGGCAAAAAAGACAAGAAAGAUUAUGAUAGUUUCUAGACUUUGUCUCUUAUUAAUUUAAAGUAAUCUAAAAAUGUACGAAAAUGUUAUAUGCCUGUCUCCUGUAUACUGGCUUCUUUUUAUUUUUAAGCUACAAAUGUACCAGUGCAAUUGCAACCUCACUCUGUAUUACACAAACAAAAUGUCAAUUUGUGUAUUGUUUUAGUUUUAGAUUUCUUAAAGGUGGGGCUUAGACCUCUGUGCUAGGUAAUACUGUUUUUACCUGUUGUGCUUCUUACAUAGAAGCUUCUGCCGCUACUUCCCACUGAGCUGUGUUUGUUUGAUUUGAAGUUGAAGGGGACAAUGGUGAUCAUAGGAUCAAGAGUGGAGCCAGGCUUGUCUGUAUCGCACAUCAAGAGAAAAAGCAGUGUCAAUGCUUUUGUUCAUCUGUAUAGUUGCAUUAAAAGGUGGACUGUGUUACUGUUAUUAUUGUGAACCAUUAAUUUGGUCCGCUGAAAUUUCAAACUUUCUCCGUCUAAUAUGAAUAACUGUGCUACAAGUGAUGUCUGAUGCUGUGGUCUUGUAAUGUUUCAGUGCUAAGCUACACUAAAAAGAUCUACUGGGCAUUGCAUACAGAUUCAACUGUUGAUAUAUCUGUGUUAGUAGUGAAGUUGUCCACCCUAAAAUGUAGUUUUGUCCUUUCAUUUACACACACAUUUAAAUAUUUGUAUAAUCUAUAAAUAGCAAAAAAGGCUUCAGGUUGUGGGAAAAACAUUGCAUACUCUUUUGGUUUUUAAAUUUCUGUUUUCCUGUUUAAUAUGAAACUUAAUUGGCUCACUUACCUUUUAACUUGGUUAGGUGCUAAAUGAGGUUUAAUGCUAGAAAAAAAGAAUACAAAUGACUAGCAAUGAGAGGGAUGGUAAUGUGAUUGCCCUUUAGCAUAGGUCCUGUUGUGAAUGCUUGCUGUGCUUUGAAUUCUGCUUCACAGUUCAUUAGCAGAAUAAAAACACUUUCAAAUUUAAA